CACAGACGCGAGCUCCGCUGCAGCCGCAGCCGCGGCCCGGCGAGGUGAUGGCCAAGGUGUCGGUACUGAACGUGGCGGUGCUGGAGAACCCAAGCCCUUUCCACAGCCCCUUCCGGUUCGAGAUCAGCUUCGAGUGCAAUGAGGCCUUGGCGGACGACCUGGAAUGGAAGAUCAUUUAUGUUGGCUCUGCUGAGAGUGAGGAGUUUGAUCAGAUCCUAGACUCGGUACUGGUUGGCCCUGUCCCCGCAGGAAGACACAUGUUUGUCUUUCAGGCUGAUGCCCCCAACCCCUCCCUCAUCCCUGAGACUGACGCUGUGGGCGUUACUGUUGUCCUCAUCACCUGCACCUACCACGGACAGGAGUUCAUCCGUGUGGGCUACUACGUCAACAAUGAGUACCUCAACCCAGAGCUGCGGGAGAACCCACCCCUGAAGCCAGACUUUUCUCAGCUCCAGCGGAAUAUCUUGGCCUCGAACCCCCGGGUGACUCGUUUCCACAUCAACUGGGACAACAAUGCAGACAGGCUGGAGAGCAUAGAGAACCAGGACCCUGUUCUGAGCUGUGGUCUUCCCCUCAGCUGCACCCCUGUCAAGGGCCUUGGCCUCCCUGGCUGUAUCCCUGGCCUUCUCCCUGAGAACUCCAUGGACUGCAUCUAACUGUGGGAAGCCAGG